AUGACCAUUCGUAUUACCCCCUACGAUGAUAGUUUCUCUUAUAAAUCGGCUAAUACAAGCAGGGAUCAAUUUAUCGACUUGUGCGAUGGUGACGGCGAACGUAUCGACAUCACAUCAUAUAAUGGUCGAGAUACCACUGGUAUGCACGAUGAACCAAGGAACGAAGCAAAAACUUACAACAAAUCAACAGAUCAACGUCUAAGAAACACGACUGAAGUUUCAUCAACUGAAACUAUUUUAAAUAAUUUUGAUACAAACUGUAACGAAGUCACGAGGGUGGUGUUUAUAAAAACUCACAAAACUGCAAGUAGUACAUUGGCUUCCAUCACACAACGAUUUGGUUACACACGAAAUUUGUCAUUUGUUGUUCCAUCUAGGUAUCAAAUUAUAUCGAAUGCAUAUGGUUUUAAGCGGAGCAUGUUGAAUAGUACUAAAUACCCACCACUAAAUGGCGGGAAACAUUACGACAUAUUAACUAAUCACGUGGGUUAUGAUCGACAUGAAAUGGAGGCUGUUAUUCCCAAUGCAACGUACAUAACUAUAUUACGUCAUCCCGUGCAACAACUUGUGUCCGCUUUCAGCUACUUCGCAUGGGGAAAGGCUAUUGGACGGUAUCGUGGAAGAAACACGAACCUAAUUACUGCUUUCAUGGAAAUUCCAGAGCUCGUUCAGAGAAGACAAUUAAAACUUUGGUGGCAAAGUCACAACGGUCAACUUUAUGAUUUUGGAUUUAGAACACAAUAUGGGAAUAAUGAAAUGGAUGAUCUAGUCCACAAAUACAUUGAAAUUCUGGACAAGGAGAUGGACCUCGUUCUCAUCACAGAAUACUUUGAUGAGUCUUUACUGAUAAUGAAGAAACAACUGUGUUGGAGUAUGGACGAUAUUCUUUAUAUUUCAAAAGGUUUGGGUGCAUCACAUCAUAUAAUUACGCAACAAACACGUGACAAAAUCUUAAAUUGGAAUAGGGGAGAUUUGCUAUUUUAUCAGCAUUUCAACAGAACACUAUGGGAGAAGAUAAUUGCAUAUGGACCUACUUUUGAAAAAGACUUACAGGAGUUUCGGGACAAACUUGAAGAAUUAAGGAAGCUAUGUGUAGACCCGUCUACGAUGGAUACUGAAGACUCACGAGAAAAGAAAUAUAUACUCAAAAGCAAUCCAUCUAAUCGUUGCUCGUUUUUUUUCUUUGAUGACAUGAGCUUUACUGAUUUGAUUCGAAAUAAACAAAUGAAGUAA